GGUAGCCUAAAAAAUCCAAAUGGCAUCAACAUCAUCAUUCCCAUUCAUUCCUGAAGAAAGUGACGAUGUGUUCAUAAGCUUUAGAGGCGAGGACACUCGCCAUACUUUCACUGCUCAUCUUCUUGCCGCAUUAGGAAGGCUCAAAAUCAGAACCUACGUUGACUACAAACUUGGGAGAGGGGACGAAAUAUCUCCAACGCUCCUUAGGGCAAUCGAGGAGUCCAAGGCUUCGGUGGUCGUUUUGUCCCAAAACUAUGCCACCUCCAAGUGGUGUUUGGAAGAGCUCGUGAAGAUAAUGGAAUGCAGAAGAACAAAGGGUCAAAUCGUAGUACCUGUCUUCUACCAUGUUGAUCCAUCCGAUGUGAGGAAUCAGACCGGAACUUAUGCAGAAGCUUUUGCAAAACAUGAACAACGCUUCAAAGAGAACAUGCAGAAGGUGCAAAGUUGGAGAACCAGUUUGAGAGAAGUGGCAAAUCUCUCUGGAUGGGAUUGCUUGGUCAACAGGAUUGAAUCUGAACUAGUUGAGAAGAUAGCGGAGGAUAUACUGCGGAAAUUGAGUAGCGUGCAGGAUCCAGAGAUAGAUAGAGAAAUCGAAAGAGCUCAACAAUUGGCCCUUUUAAAGGCGCAGAAAAUGUCCCAUGGGUGUGAACCAGGAGACUUAGAAGAGCUUGCAGCUGCUUAUAAUUAUAUUGCCCAGCUUAGCAGCAAGAAACUGGAAAAUCUGCUUCUCCGACGCUUCUCUUAAAACUUCCUAUAUAUAUAGAAAUGCAAUAUGAUUCAUUGUUCAUGAUGUCUCUGAAUAAAGAUUUAACUAUGUUGAUGUCUUUCGAUACUGUUAAUUACCUCACUGGAUCCUAGUUAUUGGUAAAUCAUAUUUGGAUAUAAACAAUGAUAUUUAGAAUCUGGAUCAA